AUGCAUGUCAAAAUUGCUGCCCUCGUCCAACGUCCAAGUGGCCGCUGCCAUUGGACGCUGGCGCGACGGGGACCCCAGUCGCUUCUCAUUUCUUCAUCGUUGUUACUGAAUGUGGACGCCGCCAUCUGCUGCAGAGAGGGGGGAGAUCAUGCCCUAACGAAGCUCGCCCAGCGCCCAUCACACCACUCGAAGCCACCGGCGCUUGUCCCUGGCCGGGCUGGCCUGGACCUCUUGCUCGCCAGGAACCCGGCGCUGAGGCUGCCGGCAAGGCGCAGGGGGUCGUUUCUUACAAACAUCUACAAGUACUUCACCGGGAACGCUCUCUACGGUACUGCAACACGAUACGGCCCACCAGCGACUCAAUCUGCCAUCGACGUGGACCACACGGUCGCAGCAGUGGCCCGCUGCCUUGGCUGGCGCCUCUUCGAGAGGAGGAGAGGCUAGGCUUAGGACAGCAUAGCACACUCUAGGCAAAACAGGGAACGAAGCUGCACUCGUAUCUGCGAUGGCAAAGACCGCGUGGUGAAAAGCCGUCUUUGGACCAACGGUUUGCUGCCAAUACUAGGCAGUAGUGCUGCUGCUGCUGCUGCCUCGCAUCUCACAAGCCAAUUGCUGGCGAUGGCGAGGCAUUUGAGCUGAAAAAAACUGAUCCAAGUCCUAGGUAAUAUAGAACACAGAUGCUGGCACAAGAGAUAUUGCUCGCGCUUCGUACGAAACGAAUCUAGUGCAGUGGGUUUUGCAGCAGCAUCGCGACAUCCCCACUUUCCGCUGUAGAUACAGUAUAUGUACCUAGUAAGCACGGGAGCCGUCCGUGGUCCGAGUUGCAAAGCAGAUCGACUGGGAAACAAUGAGAAUCAACAAACCAGUCAAAAUCCACAAGCGGGGGUUGGUUC